CCUCCGCGCGGUGAUCCGGCCCGAAACUUGCACAGUCCGAUACGAAGAACCCGCGAAUUUGCACGACGAUCGGUGAGGUCAGAGACGCCGAGACCACACCUUCCACUUUUGUUCUCAAGACACUUUCAAGACUUCCUCGUGCGAGGGUUUAAGACUUCUUUAGUCCAUUUCUUGAAGGUAUGUGUUCGUGGAACUCUAGUUGAGAUCUGUGGAGGCAGCAGUUAGAGUCAAAGUCAAGGUUACUGUGGGCGCAGGAAUCCGACUUGGAGAAGUCCCGGGAUUGCUGGAAACAAGUGUCACACAGGUGCGUCUGUCAACAUAAACUAGCUGAUUCACCUGGCGCUGGCACGGGACGUGACGCAGGUGAGGACAAAGAGGACUACCAGGAAUUAGCGGUACGGUCACAGGAAAAACAGCCUUUUGUUCUGCUGCCUUCUGGGUUUUGAAGAGACACAGUAUAGAACAAGUUCUUAUUGAGAUCUGUGGAGGCAGCAGUUAGAUUCAAAGUCAAGGUUACUGUGGGCGCAGGAAUCCGACUUGGAGAAGUCCCGGGAUUGCUGGAAACAACAGCAGCAGCAUGCAGAGGAGCCGUGUGCCGUGCCGAGCUGCUGCAGUCAGUGUCCUCGGUCUCCUGUGGGUCGUCACGGCCGCCUUCGCCUGCCCGGAGAGAUGUCAUUGUGGGUCUGACGGGUUGGUUUACUGUACCGGAUGGGGGCUCACAGUCGUUCCCGCCAACAUACCAUUGGGUACAACUGUUCUCCGCCUGAGCUCCAAUAACAUACAGGGCCUGUCUGAUGCGGAUUUCUCCUACCUAACCAGCCUGGAGGAGCUUGAUCUGGACAACAACGACAUCCGCGUUCUCCCUGAUGGAGUGUUCUCACAUCUCACCAGUCUGCGGGUGCUGUAUCUAUCUUAUAAUCAUAUAGCUGACUUCCCGGACGGAGUGUUCUCACAUCUCACCAGUCUGCGGGAGCUGUAUCUUACUGGUAAUCAUAUAGCUGACCUCCCGGAUGCAGUGUUCUCACAUCUCACCAGUUUGGUACGGCUUCACCUGGACAACAACAACAUCUCGAGUCUGCCCACUGGAGUGUUCUCACAUCUCACCCGUCUGUGGGAGCUGUCUCUAUCUGGCAAUCAUAUAGCUGACCUCCCGGAUGGAGUGUUCUCACAUCUCACCCGUCUGCGGUACCUGUCUCUAUCUGGUAAUCAUAUAGCCGACCUCCCGGAUGGAGUGUUCUCAAAUCUGACCAGUUUGGAAGAGCUUUCCCUGUCCAACAAUAACAUCUCGAGUCUGCCCACUGGAGUGUUCUCACAUCUCACCCGUCUGUGGAGGCUGCAUCUAUCUGGUAAUCAUAUAGCUGACCUCCCGGAUGGAGUUUUCUCAAACCAGACCAGUUUGGAACGGCUUUACCUGAACAACAAUAACAUCUCGAUUCUGCCCACUGGAGUGUUCUCACAUCUCACCAGUCUGCUGUUCCUUUACAUAGCAGGAAACCCAUGGAAGUGUGACUGUAAUUUGUAUGGUCUACUGACUUCGGCACGUCUUCGUACUUUAAUUACCGAUGGCCCUACCUGCAGCUCCCCUCCCCACAUGAAAGGCGACGCGCUGUCAUUUGUUACAGUAGACACAGUUUGUCAGAGCCGCGGGGACUGCACCACGGGAAGUGCUGACGGCACCUGUGCUUGCAACGUGCGCUGGACUGGCCCAUUCUGUGGCAAAGAAAAUAACUUGGCCCUCGGAAAGAAAGCAUCGCAGAGUUCGACCCGAGCCUUCAAUGUAUCAGCUGGAGCCGAAAAGGCUGUGGAUGGUUCCAGACCUAAAGGGCCUGGCAAUGCUGAGUGCGCUGCAACAAACCUGGAACAACAACCAUGGUGGCAGGUGGACCUGGCAGGUUACUACAGGGUCAGCCGGGUCAGAGUUACAAGCCUCUACUAUGUGCCACUGGACACAGCAGCACCGACCAGUGCUCCUGGAUGUGGAGGUGUCCUGACGGCUCCACCUGAAGGUACUGUGACGUCACCGAACUACCCCAGUAACUACCCCAACCGUGCGACCUGUGAGUGGACGAUCACCGUGCCAGAAGGAUACAUGGUUCUUCUCACGUUCCAGAUUGACAGAUUCCAGCUUGAAGACGGUUAUGACUAUUUGACUAUAUACGAUGGAGGCAGUAGCAGUGCUCCACGACUGCAAAGGUUAACAGGUAACGCGAUACCAGACACCAUCACCAGUACAUCUAACCAGAUGUUCGUGAGGUUUACAUCUGACAGAAGUAACACGGCUCUGGGGUUCCAGUUCUCCUACACAGCCACAGACACAGCAGCACCGACCAGUGCUCCUGGAUGUGGAGGUAUCCUGACGGCUCCCCCUGGAGGUAAUAUGACGUCACCCAACUACCCCAAAAACUAUGGCAACGAUGAGACCUGUGAGUGGACGAUCACCGUGCCAGAAGGAAGCAGGGUUCUUCUCAAGUUCGGCAGCUUCCGCCUUGAGGACCGUUAUGACCUUUUGACUAUAUUUGAUGGAGGCAGUGAUAGUGCUACACAACUGCCAAGGUUAACAGGUAACGCGAUACCAGACCCCGUCAUCAGUACAUCUAACCAGAUGUUCGUGAGGUUUACAUCUGACGAGAGUGACACGGCUCCGGGGUUCCAGUUCUCCUACACAGCCACAGGAGACACAUUAAAGGUGCGGGUUGGGCCGAACGAGGACUUCAUCCAGAAUGACCAAUGCGGACAGACUUACGACGUUGGGUCAGCGUUAGAGUUCCUGAAUAUAGAGGCGGACUGCGCCCCGCCGAUGUACGGCCGUUAUGUGUCGGUACAGGCAAUGCCACCAUUGGACGUGAACACAACCGGUUUGGUACUGUGUGAGGUCGAGGUCUAUAUUACAGAUAUCUGCUGUGACCACACCAUAGUAGUCCUGAACGGCACGGUCACUGCUACAGACGGCUACUGCUCUGGGAACGACAUCCAAUUCUCUUGCGACCCUGGAUACGAGCUCGCGGGCAGGCCCAGUGCCACGUGCCAAAACAACGGGAGUUGGGACGGGGAGAUUCCGACUUGCCAACGGAUCUGCUGUAACAAAACAACCAGCAUAACGAACGGCCAGGUCACUGCUAGUAACGGCUUCUGCUCUGAAAGCCGUAUCCAGUUCUCCUGUGACACCGGGUAUGAGCUUGUCGGCAGCCCUUCUGCUGACUGCCAGCUGGACAAACAUUGGGACCGAGAGAUUCCGACAUGCCGACCAAAUACAGAGCCUAUAGAGGAGAGCCCCACGUCCACCCAAGCCAUCAUCGGCGGCACCAGUGCCGGUAUCGCCGCGGCGCUGAUUGUGGCAGCUGUCUGCUUCAUGGUUUUCCUGAGACGGAGGAGGAGAAAAAGAAGAGAAGAAGAUCCACAAACGAUUGAGGUCGACUUUCUGUCAGAUCACGUAGCAAUGCACAGGGGAAUGAUGGAGGAGAUGAUCCCACUGGUUCCCCCCAGGACACAGUUCCCGAAGCUCGAGGUCGACCCCAGCCGGGUGACGCUUGGCCAGAGGAUCGGCAGCGGGGCGUUCGGCUUCGUCUACCGGGCAACCCUGACGCGGGACGACAGGACGGAGGACGUCGUCGUGAAAACUGUUAAAGAGAACGCCAGUGAGGACGACAAGCUGGGUUUCCUGGAAGAAAUCCGCGCAGUUGUGGACCUGGGGGCUCAUGACAACCUGCUGGGUCUGAUCAACUGCUGCACGGUGGUGCGAGACCAUCUGUAUCUCAUCACGGAGUUCAUGCCGUACGGAGACCUGAAAAGUUUCUUGAGGAAGUGCCGUCAGGAAGAGAACUCUGACGGAUAUUUGCAGCCUCGAGACGAGAUCUACAACUUCGAGGUGAUGCAGAUGUACCAGGUGGCCCGGCAGAUCGCUAGAGGCAUGGAUCACAUCGCCCAAUCUCGUUACGUCCACGGAGACCUGGCCGCUCGGAACGUCCUGGUCGGGGAACGCCUGAAGGUGAAGAUUUCCGACUUCGGUCUGGCAGAAGACAUCUACAGCCGAGGUUACCGUCGGCAGGAUCAGGACCAGAAGAGACCGUGGAAAUGGAUGGCGCCGGAGCGGCUGGAGGGUGGGGAAGCCUACGACACACAGAGCGACGUGUGGUCCUUCGGGAUACUGCUGUACGAGAUAUGUACGCUAGGGGGCGAUCCUUACCCUGGCGUGGCGGGUAAAGAUCUGAAAGAACAACUCCAGGCUGGAUACAGGAUGCGCCAACCUGAAGACUGUCCGGAUGCCAUGUACGACCUGAUGCUACAUUGUUGGCAAUGGAAACCCACCGAGCGGCCGUCAUUCCAGUUGCUGGAAUACAAUAUAGACAAGAAUCUGGCCUUCUACGCACCCGAGUAUGCUACAACAGUCUAACAGCAUCCCUCCUUCUACGGACCCGAGAACGACAAACACUGUACAGGCAUCCCGCCUUCUACUGACCAGAGUACAACAGCCUAACACUGGACAGGCAUCCCACUUUCUACAGACCCGAGUACAACAGCCUAACACUGUACAGGCAUCCCGCCCUCUACGGACCCGAGUACAACAGCCUAACACUGUACAGGCAUCCCGCCUUCUACGGACCCGAGUACAACAGCCUAACACUGGACAGGCAUCCCGCCUUCUACGGACCCGAGUACAACAGACUAACACUGGACAGGCAUCCCGCUUUCUACUGACCCGAGCACGCUACAACAGCCCGAAGUACUUGAUAUGACACCUAGGUAGCACCAUGAUGUAGCGAUACCGACUAGAAGUAUCGAAUAGGUCGUACUGAAAGCCCGUUUUAUUUUAUAUCUGUCUGUUCUGUACAUGCUAUGUCCACGUUUUCGCCAUCUAUCAGUAUGUUUUUGUACUGUAGCAGUUUUUUUGCUUAAAAUUUAUGAAAGAGGAAAACUCAAGAAAAGACCAAUGCAUGAUUUGGGGUAUGUAUAUAGCUUAGGUAGAGAUACACACAUUAUUUGCAAGUUAAACCUUAAGUUGUAUAACUAAUGAAAGAAGUUUAUUAUUCCGUUGUUUUCUAUGGUGCGAUAUUUCCAAUAUCAGAAAGGGAAAUUUAUGCAAGAACUUAGUGGAAAAUCAUGGAAAUGUCAUACUAGUGACAUUGGUAUUAAUGAAGGUGAAUGCAAAUCUAUGCAAAGAUUAUAUAAAUGUAGAUAUCACUUUCGAAUAAGGAAAUUUCACAUUUGUGACAUUAGUAAUCAAGGUGAACAGUAUCAAUAUACAUAGAAUAUGCGAAUUAGCACUUAUUAGGAUAAUUAACAUUACAAAAGCUUUGGAUAAUUACGGAGAUAUGGGAUCUUGGAACUACUGAUUUUUAUAUUGUAUACUCUGGGACGAAGAUACACGUAUACGCGUUACAAGUCACCACGAUUUUCUUAUAUAGCAUUAUACUUUACCUAAUACGCAGAGUGUGCUUUUCUCGUUAUGUUAUAUCACAGGGACUACGUACUUAUCUAGUGUGUUUUUAUGAUGUAUUACACUGACUACAUGUAACAUCACUUAACAUAAUACCGCCACUGAUCAUAAUACCGCCAAACGAAUUAGCGAUGAAUUUAAGGAGAUCUAAUAGUGCAGCAACAGUUACGUCAUUACCGAGAUAUGCACACGUCAGUUGUGACGGACCAAAGUUGAAUGAACAU